ACGGAAUGAAGACAACAACAACCAAAUCCCAUAAUUGGAAGACUGAUUCGCAAGAGUAAGAACCAUCAAGUGGAACUACUUACUAUUUUCGUCAAUUUGAGUGCAAGUUCAUUUGAAUUCUUAAGACUUUACAAAACGGUACCUACCUCAAUUCGAUCGUUUGAAAAAAAAUAGAGUUACUUAAAAAAUUGAACUUUACUCAAGAAGCUUUUUGGUUCAGGAAAAAAAUAGAUUUACUCUCUUCUGACGUUUAGGCAUUUCACCUUAUAGAAUUAACGGAUUAUCCACAAAAUCCGAUUAAUUAAACAGUUCUAUCAAAGCUUUUGAGUUAAAUUUGGAAAAGAUAUUGAUUGUUUGAUUUAUGCCAAGAUAAAUCGAAGCUAACUUGAACUUACGAUCAACAGAAAUCUCCGUCAAAUUUCUUCUGCUAAAGUCACUCGUGCUUCGCUUGACUUCUCCAUAGUUACGUAAUAGUUGAAACGUCGUGGUGCUCAAAUUACGUAAUAUUACAAUCUUCGUAGAAUUAUCAUAAUUCGAGUUUAAACCACGAGCAAAAUAAAUAUUUUAGACUCUUACUCUCUAGAGUACGUUAUUUCACGAUCAAACUUGGACAAGCCUUGUCAUUUUAACGGCUUAGUUCCAAUAUUUCAUUUUUCAAAAGAUCCCUUUAAUUUCGAGUUUGACAUUUUUAAGUCUUCAAAAUGUCACUGCUUUUGAAAAGCGUCGCAGAAAAUUCUCCCGUUUCCAAACUUGAUGUUAUUUCUUUAGUUUGCGUAGGCGGAAAUUUUUACCACGAUUUCGGGAGCCCAAAACGGGCUUUGCAGGGUCAUUGCAUCUGUUGUUCACAGAAAAUUCACCCCUUGAACUUGAACUUCCAAUGCAAGCAGUGUGGCGUGAAAUUACAUCGAUACUGCGAGUUAUACCGUCAAAGCAUCACCGCAGUUUACCACAAAGACACUGACUUUUUAGCCAAAAUUAACCCUUCAGCAAAACAAUACUUUGUAUUGCAGAACCUUACUUGUAAAGGCGACACUUUAAACCAUCAGUGGAGCAAAGUUUGGAUCAAGCAAGACCAUUUAUGUAUCGUAUGCAAUCAGCCCAAACCUUAUUUAACAUGCACCAAUUGCGAUUUGAGCGUUCAUGGGGGAUUUUGUAUCCAAAAACUGACCACAGAAGUUCAAAAAAUACCUCAGAUUCUGAGCAGAGGAAGUGUCUUUUCGGUGCAGGAAAUAAAUACAAGUAACCUGGAGUUAAAACAUCAUUUCAUCAGAACUGUGGAUGCGUACUUGGCUGCUAGAUCGGAGCUGGUCAACAUUUCAGAGGAACUUUUGAAAGACUGUUCCCCCCAAGCUUCCAUUUGGCCUGGAAUGCCCCACGGAGAUGUGAAGGACAACAACAACACUAACACUCACUCUCAAUCGAACAUCAACCACAACAACAACACCCCCAAACAUAACAUGGACAGCUACUUGCAGAUACUCUACCCGUUUGGGGGAGUCACUUGUCUCAAAGACUUCAUCGGACUAUCAGGUGCUUUCGGAGCAGUGCCUGGCUGUGGCAUUGUGGGAUCCAUAGUGUCCUCUGACACUGAGAAGCUGCAGUUAUUACAUGUGGCACCAGACGUGGCCAUAGAGAGGGCGGAGAGAGAGGCGAGGGAACACGAGGAGAACCCAUGCACGAAGGAUUGUUCGUGGCUGCCUACCGCUUUGUGUUGUUCUCCCAAUAAACACAUUUCCUUCCGCUGCUCGUGCGGAGACAACGAGAGUGUAGUUCACACACAGAUGGAGGAAACAGAGCACGCACAUGGCAAAAACUGUGAGUUCUGCUUCCGACUAAUUCGACGCAAUGGACUACAGUGCCUAGAGUGUGGGAUUGUGAUGCAUGCCUACUGCGAGAACUUCAGACUGGACAAGCUGAGAAGAGACUACCCACAAGAAUUCUUCUUCCAUCAACUGAUGAAAUCCAACACACUGAGCACACAACCAGAACCCGUCAAAAAAUCAUACAUGUUUUGUCAGACAGAAGACCGAAUUGCCAAAAGACACAAUUUGAAAUUCGUCAACGCAAAUGUCGAGAAACUUCUGACUCCUCGAAACUGCCUCGUAUGUCGCAAAAUGGUAUUCAUAACAGGCAAAAAGGGUGAAAAAGAAUGUGAAAUGUGCAAAGAAAUUGUUCAUCAAAAGUGUGAAAAGUUUCUGACCUUGAAAACCGGAGGAACUAAUGCUUCAGCUGAGGAAGAUCGCGCUUAUAUGAGCGGAGGUUUAACGGUGAGCGCCGUCGAAAAGGAGAACUUUUUCAUUCAACAAGAGACAUAUUGUAUCAGGCAACAAACACAUGCUCUUGAGAAAUUAACUCAACAACUUGAGUCAAACCGGGUGGUGAAAAAAUGUACACCAAGUUGCUCAACAUCGCGUACCGAAGAACAUCAACUAUCGAUGGUCUCCGAGCAAAGCGAAUCACAAGUCGGUGACAAUGAAAUUGAACUGAUAGAAAGGGAAGGAAACGGCGUGCCAGAAGUUCCAAGUAUUCAUGGCUUCAAUACUCUAACGGUAGAAGAAUCCGUUAGCAACGAGUACUCAAGAAGCAGGUCUCAUGCUCAUUUAUACCAAGUAACUUUCAACGCCAACACAGCCGAAGGUUUCGACAGUUUCCAAGCAUCAUCCCAACUUGAUGAUCAGUGUUCCACGAUGCAGCAAUCUUUUGAUGUUCAAGCUGCAACGGCGAGAGACCAUACUCAGGAGGGUAGUCUUGGAAAGGAAGAUUUAACAAUUGGCCCCGGUAAUCAAGAAUAUUUCUUUUCAUCGUGGCUAAACGAGUCGGAACCACAAGAAUGGGGCUCACAAAACUUGCCGCAAAUAUUACCCUUAAUCCAUAUUGUCAGCGAGCUGCAACCUUUGAUGGACAAAGAAAGGUCAAACACUAGUAAAACAAUAGUAUUCACAGAAGUAAACCAAGCAAACUGGGACAAACAGGAAAAGAUCGUUCGCGCGAAUAAAAUUCACUGUUCGUCAACAUGCCAUCAUGUCGAACAUACGGUCGAUACACUCCACGAAAUGGAGGUUUUUGGUCCGAUGGUGAAAAUAAAAGAACAAAUUGUAGUAUGGGAGUAAUAUCGUAACAUACUCGAACGAAAGUAUUAAAUAUUACGUAAACAAAUGUCGGUUAUAUACAAUGAAUUAAUAAUGUAAAA